AAACUGCGGCGGCGGCCGCGGCGCGCACUCCCGCGGACGACACGACAUGCUGCGCCGCGACUCGGCGCGCGAGCGCGAGCUCGAGUACGGCCGCGCGCUCGACAAGCUCGACCACGACAAGCGAGACAAGCCUGACAGGCGCGACAAGGAGAUCAGACCGAGAGCGCGCACGCCCGAUGGAGCUGUUCUGGCGAGGAGGCAGAUGGCGAUCGAGCGCGGCGCGGCGGCGGAGGUGGCGCCCACGCCGCACCCGCCCUCCCCGCGCGCCGCCAGCCCCGCGCGCGACGAGCGCCCCGCGCCGCCCAAGCGGCUGCUCACCCUCGCGCACGGGGAGCACCAUGACUCCACCAUCUACCGGUUUGAGAAGGGGACCGUCAUCCGGUUCUGCCCGGGGCCCAGUCUGCUCGGCCGCAAGGUGUUCCUCUACACCAACUACAUCAUCACCGACAGCCAGGAUGAAAAGGCGGAAGUGUCGGAGUUCGUCCGUAACCAGUACUACGCGCUGGAGUGGCGGCGCGAGGACGAGCAGGGCGCGGAGGAGCUCGGCACGGGCGCGCUCGUCACGGACACCGACAUGUACGCGGAGCUGAGGCUCACCAGAGCUGGCGCCUUCCAUUACUACUUCGUCUACGACAGCGCGGAGUCGUCGAUCGGGCCGACGGGGUCGGGCUGGCUGCAGUGCGCGCCGGCGGUGCGCGUGGGGCCGGGCGGGCGCGACGCGCUCGCCGUGGAGGCGCUCGCGAGCCAGACCGUGCUGGCCAAGUGUCUGGGGCCGCUGGCGCGCUGGGAGGACACGCUGCGGGUGGCCAAGGAGAGCGGCUACAACAUGAUACACUUCACCCCCAUACAGGAGCUGGGCGCCUCGAACUCGAGCUACAGCCUCGCGGACCAGCUGAAGCUGAACCCCGCGUUCGGCGCCGACGCCUCCUUCGCCGACGUCGAGAAUCUCCUCACCAAACUGCGCGUCGAAUGGCGCGUGGCCUCCAUGUGCGACGUGGUGCUCAACCACACCGCCAACGAGACGCCGUGGCUGGCGCUCCAUCCCGAGGCCACCUACAACUGCGCGAACGUGCCCCGGCUGCGCGCCGCCGCGCUGCUGGACGCGGCGCUGGCGCGCGCGACGCGCGACGCGGCGCGCGGAGACCUGCUGCCGCGCGGCGUCCCGCCCCGGGUCAACCAGCACGACCAGCUGGAGGCCGUGCGACAUUACUUGGAGACGUCGGCCGUGCCGGAGCUGCGCUUGCACGAGCUGUACACCUGCAACGUCGCCGAGCUGCUGCAGCAGUUCUACUGCCUCGCCAGGAACAAAGUGCCACCGGUGUCAGCGGGCGCAGCGGCGGAGCUGACUCUGGUCCCAGACCCGCUGUACCGUCGGCUCCACGCGACUGUAGACAUGGACCGAGCGCUGCAGUUGUACAACGUGUACCGCGCGGACUGCUACGACGAGGAGGCGCGCCUCAAGAAAUGCUGCGAGGAGCUGCGCCGCAAGCUGGAGCAGCUCAACGCUGCAGCCAGAGAGGAGGUGGAGGGCCACCUGCGCGCCGCCGUCGACAACUGCCUCGCGGGCAUGAGAUACUUCCGCUUGCAGUCCGACGGGCCUAAAAUAGAAGAGGUUAGCGAGAAGAAUCCACUGGUGCCUAGAUACUUCACGGCGGCGGGCGAGUGCGGGUCGGCGGCGGAGGCGGAGGCGCUCGUGUACGGCGACGGCGGCCGCUUCGUCAUGGCGCAUAACGGCUGGGUCAUGGACGCCGACCCGCUCAUGGACUUCGCCAACACUUCCAACGUCUACCUCCGGAGGGAGCUCAUCGCCUGGGGCGACAGCGUCAAGCUCAGGUACGGCGACAAGCCGGAGGACAGCCCGUGGCUGUGGGCGCACAUGCGCGAGUACGUGGAGCUGACGGCCGAGCUGUUCGACGGCCUCCGGCUCGACAACUGCCACUCUACGCCGUUACACGUGGCGGAGUACAUGAUGGACUGCGCGCGCAACGUGAAGCCGGACCUGUUCGUGGCGGCCGAACUGUUCACCAACUCGGACCACGUGGACAACAUCUUCGUCAACCGGCUCGGCAUCACCGCGCUCAUCCGAGAGGCGCAGGCCGCAUGGGAUUCGCGCGAGCAAGGCCGCCUGCUGCACCGCUUCGGCGGGCGCCCGGUGGGGGCGUUCCGCCGCGCGCGAGUAGACGCAGCCCGGCCCGGCGUCGCGCCCGCCGUGCUGCUCGACCUCACGCACGACAACCCCUCGCCGCUCGAGAAGCGCUCCGUGCACGACGUGCUGCCCACAGCGGCGCUAGUGACCAUGGCGUUCUGCGCAUCGGGCUCGACCCGCGGCUUAGACGAGCUAGUCCCGCACCACAUACAUGUGGUGGACGAAGAGAGGCUCUACCCUGAGUGGGGCACCAAUGAGGGCAAUGUAGGCGCCUCGCACGGCCUGAUACAGGCUAGGAGAGAGCUCAACCUGCUGCACUAUCAGCUCGCUCAACAAGGCUACGAUGAGGUAUAUGUGGAUCAAAUGACUGAUGCGGUCACAGCAGUAACCCGUCACUCGUCCACAUCUCGGCGCUCGGUGCUACUGGUAGCACACACGGCGUUCUCGGCGCCGCAGGGCGAUGGUCCCCUCCCGCCACCGCUGCGUUUCGAGGGAGAUCUCGAGGAAAUACUCUUUGAGAUGGAGCUUCAGCCCAGGAGCGGCGCGGUGUACACCAAGAAUGCGCGCUUCAUCAACGGCCUGGAGCAGUGGACGGCCGCCGUCCGGCGCCGGCCCGCGGCGGACGCCGCGCGGUUCGUGACGGCCGCGCGGACGGACGGCGCGCACACCGUGCUGGACUGGCGCGCCUUCCCGCCCGGCGCGGUCAUAGCCAUGCGAAUAGCGCCUCGCGCCGCGCAACGCGCCGCCCUCGACACCAUCACGCGCACGCUCGCCGCGUGGGAGGCGCGCGCGCCCGACGCGCUCGGCCUGGAGCGCGCCUUGCAGCCGCUCGACCUGGCCGACUUCAACGUGCUGCUGUACCGGUGCGACGCGGAGGAGCGCGACGCGGGCGCCGGGGGGGUCUACGACGUGCCCGGCCACGGCCCGCUCGUCUACGCCGGCCUGCAGGGCCUGAUAUCGCUGCUGGAAGAGGUCCGGGCCGGGGACGCGCUCGGGCACGCCGUGUGCGACAACCUGCGCGCCGGCGACUGGCUGCUGGACUACACGUGGCGCCGGCUGGCGGCGCCGCAGCUCGCGAACGUAGCCACCAGGCUAAGGGAACUCUUGUCGCCGCUCUCCGACCUGCCGAGGUACUUAGUCCCGGCGUAUGCGGAGGCGACGCUCCGCGCGGUGUACGACGUGGUGACGCGCGCCGCGUUAGCGCGGAUGACGCCCGAGAGCCGCGCCGGGUCGCUGGCGCGCGCGCUGGCGCUGUGCAGCGUGCAGCUGGUGGGCGCCGUGCCCGGCGCGAGCCUCCCGCCGCCCUCCCCCGCGCUGCCGCCGCCGCGCCCGCCCGCCGCGCUCACGCUGUCCGCGGGGCUGCCGCACUUCGCCACCGGCUACAUGCGCUGCUGGGGCCGCGACACCUUCAUCGCGCUGCGCGGCACGCUGCUGCUGCUGGGGAGAUACCAGGAGGCCCGCUCGCACAUCCUCGGCUUCGCGGCGUGCUUGAGGCACGGCCUCAUCCCCAACCUCCUUGAUGGCGGUAACAACGCGCGCUUCAACUGCAGGGACGCCGUCUGGUGGUGGCUGCAGGCUAUUAAACAGUACGUGACAGAGGCGCCGCAGGGCGGAGCGCUGCUGUCCGACCCGGUGUCGCGGCUGUUCCCCAAGGACGACAGCCAGCCGGCGCCGCCCGGCGCCGCCGACCAGCCGCUCUACGACGUCAUGCAGGAGGCGCUCACCGUGCACUUCCAGGGGCUGGUGUUCCGCGAGCGCAACGCCGGACGGCAGAUCGACGCGCACAUGACGGACAAGGGGUUCAACGUGCAGAUCGGCGUGCAGCCCGACACCGGCUUCCCCUUCGGCGGCAACGACGCCAACUGCGGCACCUGGAUGGACAAGAUGGGUUCCUCCGAGCGGGCCGGCACCCGGGGCAAGCCCGCCACGCCGCGCGACGGCAGCGCCAUCGAGCUGGUGGCGCUGGCCUACAGCGCGGUCUCGUGGCUGGCCGAGCUCCACCGCGCCGGGCGCUUCCCGCACGCGGGGGUGGCGCGCCGGCACGCGGACGGCUCGCUCACCUCGUGGAGCUACGCGCAGUGGGCCGAGCGCAUCCGGCGCUCCUUCGAGCGCUACUUCUGGGUGCCCGCCGCGCCCUCCGCGCAGGACCUGCGCCCCGACCUGGUGCACCGCCGCGCCAUCUACAAGGACUCGCACGGCGCCUCGCAGCCCUGGGCCGACUACCAGCUCCGCUGCAACGCCGUCGUCGCCAUGGCCGUGGCGCCCGACCUCUUCGACCCCAAGCACGCCUGGCUCGCGCUCGACAACACCGAGAGACUCCUCCUCGGCCCGCUCGGGCUGAAGACGCUAGACCCGGCGGACUGGGCGUACCGGCCCGAGUACGACAACUCGGACAACUCGGACGACCCGAGCGUCGCGCACGGGUUCAACUACCACCAGGGGCCGGAGUGGGCGUGGCCGCUCGGCUUCUACCUGCGCGCGCGGCUCUCGUUCGCGCACGACGCCGGGCGCUGGGCCAAGACGCUCGCCGCCGUGCACGCCGCGCUGGCCGCGCCCGCCGCCGAGCUCGCCAGCUCCCCGUGGCGCGGCCUGCCCGAGCUCACGGGCCCCGGCGGCGCGUUCUGCCGCGACUCGUGCCGCACGCAGGCCUGGUCCAGCGGCUGCCUGCUCGAGCUGCUGCACGAGCUGCGCGCCGCGCGCCGGGCGCGCCCGCUGCCCGCCGACUGACGCCGCCCGCGCCGCCUCCGCCACGCCGCCGCCGCCGACCGCACCUACGCCGAGCCCUACGAGGCGACGGCCAAGCCGCGGCUGCAGGCGGUGCGCCGCCUCCUGCGCCGGCGGCGCCGCGGGCGGCCGCGGCCGCCGAGCGUGGCCGGCGCCAUCUACAACCUGCUGACGGGGACGCGCGGCGCGCUCGCCACCGUGGCCUACAGCGACCGCUACUUCCGCUACGGCCUGCCGCUGCGCGCCGCUGUGGGCGG